AUGGAGCGGAUAGAAGAGGCAGGAACUAAAGACGUGGAUGGCGCAAAGUAUAGGCACAUAUACGGCCAAACUUCGAAGAGAGAACUAUAUUAUAAAAAUAUUAGAGUGACAAAUAAUGGCUGGGAUUCCAACCUACUUAAAUGCAAUUCUAAGUUUAUCUCAGUGAUUUGGAAUUCUCCAGGAGGAGGCAGUGGUGCAUUUGCUAUUUUACGUGCGGAUGAAGUCGGUAGGACACCCGACCAUGUCUCUCUAUUUAGAGGGCACAAGGGCCAGGUAUUAGACACUGAUUUCGACCCGUUUAAUGAUUUUAAAAUCGCAUCUGCUUCUGAUGAUGGAAAAAUUGGUAUUUGGAACAUCCCAAUGAAUUAUUCCAUGAGAACUUAUCGUGAUAGUGAAAACAAACCAAUGGAUAUACGACCUUCUAAAAUAUUAAGUGGUCAUACUCGCAAAGUGGGGCAUGUUUUAUUUCAUCCACGGAUAAGAAAUGUUUUAGCAUCCUCAUCUUUAGAUUUUACGGUGAAAAUAUGGAAUAUUAAAAAGGGGAAAGUAAUAGGUACAUUACAACAUUCUGAUAUGGUAACGGCAAUGGCAUUCGACCCAGAUGGCGCCUAUUUAGCUACUAUAACUCGUAAUAAAAAAUUAACAAUAUGGGAUAUUGCAAGCAAGCAAAUUGUCAGUCAAACGAAGUCCCAUCAGGGACCUAAAAAUCAAAGAGUAGUUUGGUUAGGAUACUCAAGGAUAAUAGCCACCACAGGAUUUUCUAAGUCUAUGGAUCGUGAAAUUGGAAUAUGGGACGCACUAGACUUGAAAGAGGGAACGAUUAAUAAAUUUUAUAAGAUUGAUCAGUCGUCUGGUAUAUUGAUGCCAUUUUAUGAUCUCACGAAUAGGAUACUUUAUGUCGUGGGUAAAGGUGAUGGGAAUAUAAGAUGUUUUGAAUUGAAAGAUAGAAAAUUACAACAGUUAUCAGAGUUCCAUUCGAGAGAACCACAGAGAGGAUUUGCAUUACUCCCACAUAGUUGCUGUGACGUUAAAAAGAGUGAGAUAACAAGAUGUUUGAAAACAGUUGAUGAUCAACGUAUAAUUCCAAUAUCGUUCCAUGUACCAAUGAGAUCGGAGGGUCUCCUUGAUGAUGAACCAGAAGAUGUAACCUCUUCAGUGCCGAUGCUUAUAGACGAAGAAGCUAGUUCUACAGAGGAAGAGAAUGAUGAUGAAGAGGACCUCAAUGAAAUUUCUGUAGAAGAGAGUUCCGAGUGUCAGUAUGUUCAGGAUACGUCAAAUGCAAAUGAAGCUAGUCGGAAAAAUUCAGUAACAAGCCUUUUCUCCAUACUUUCCAACCCUAGCACCAGCCAAACGCGUGAUGGCCCCAAUACACAACCAAAGAAGAAGAACCGCACUAAAAGAAGUCGAAAGAAAUCCGAAACUUCGAGAUAUACACAAACCGAACCAGAGCAAACACUUACACUAUUAGAACCUGACCCAAAGCAAAUUAUAAUAAAUCUUGAUGGUCUAUUAUCCUCAGAGCAUGAAAACGUCAAAGCCGUAAAAUCCAUCAACAUCGGGGAAAAGAGCACUGCUGUUGAUGAAGAAAUUGAUGAAAUGACAGAUUCAAGUGAGACUGAAAUAUUGAUAUCCAUUAAGGUCAAGAAGCAUGGCAAAACAGAUCGUUCAAGAAUUCAAAUUGAGAAGCUAACAUCUCUGAUCAAGAAUUUGCAGAAGGGCGUGGACAAUCUGUCACGCACCAGCAGCAAAGAGGACCAUCGUCUUCUACAGCUAGAGCACAAACUGGACACUUUUAUAAACAAAUAG